AUGGUGGGAAGAGUUAAGAAAACUCGUGCGGCUGCACAGACUGCUGCUCGCACUCCUAGCAUUUCUACGCGAUCGGGACGCGCCGCCCAAGAUCUCAUUUUAGCUCCCACCACUACCCGGGGGAGAGGCCGCGGCCGGGGACGUGGUCGCGGCCGUGGCCGUGGCAGUCUUUCUGGUCAUAUUGCCGCCAGCAUUGAGGAGUCGAGCAACUCAGAAGAGGUUCACUCCCUCGUGGUCACCCUCAAAAUUCGGCCCGAAAAGUUGGUCCAAUUUGCCACUGCCGAUGAGGAUCAUGAUGUUGACCGUACCCCUGUUGGGAAUCGGGAAAGUGCACCGGCUGGUGCCGUGCAAAGCCCAGAGACUCCUCGUACUCGCCGUCCCCGGCAUCCUCGGACUGUUCCUGAGUCCUCACGGACCACGCGGCAGUCGGCAAGACGGAAGCCAGAUGAAAACGGCGUCUUCGAAGAUGAAGUCUCACCAACCAAGAUCGUGGGCACUGAAUCCACUCACCUAGAUGAUGAUAUGGACGAGUCCCACGAUGACGAGGAACCCAAGUCCGAAGUUCCUGCUCUAAAGACCUCUCAAACCCCUCAGCCCCGCUUCCUUGCUUCAGCUUCAGUCUCCCCAGCAGCCACCCAGGACGAGUCAGCUGAUGACACGGCCGAUGAGAUGGAACUCACCAAGAAAGAAAUCAUUGAAACAGCCAAAACGAAGGCUGCACAGACCCCUGUCAGCCAGAGCCCAAUGCCAAAAGAUUCUGAAGAAGUGUCAUUGAGCGCGGUGUCGUCACCCCGACUUUCACGUAAGCGAAAGUCAAUUGAGACCCAAGACGGAACGAAUGCGAACUCAGAGAAUGCAGAGACCAAAAGACGACGGGUUGAAAAGACUGAGCAGACUCCAGAGAGCCAUGUGCAAGAUGGCCCGGAGACUGAUACCCAGCAUGACGGAUCAUCUCGGGAAGGCAGUCCCGCUAACUCUGAAGAAUACGACAACCCUGCUUACGCUCCCUCUGUUCGAGGAGGCCGUGGAGGUCGUGGAGCCCGUGGUGGCCGCGGCCGUGGCCGUGGUCGAGGUCGUGGUCGCGGAGGUCGUGGAGGCAGUACUGCUGGCUCUGAGGGGCCCCUUGCCCCGGUCAAACCUGCAGCAGUGACCAAGUCUCGAGGUGGCCGAGGUCGUGGCCGUGGCAAGGGUGUCAAACGCGGCGGCGGUAAGGACAAGGAGAAGAAGAUUGAUGACGAGAUCUGGGAUCUGGGUGAGAAUUGGCGUGGUCCUACUCCCGAACCUAGUUCAGAUUCACUACCAAUCAAGACCCGCGAAGCAGAACUGUCUGCGCUUUUCAAAAAGAUUGGCCAUGUUCAACAGGGGGCCUUGGCAGUGCUCGCCGAGCGAACCAUGCGCGGACUGGCUCGCAGCAAAGAUUGGCACGAGAAGUGCCCCGAAUUCACCCGCUGCCAGCAGGAUCUGGAUUGGUAUGAGGCGAAGGCAACGAAAGUACUGGAAGCUGAGUUCAAGGAAAAGUCUGGCCUGGAAGCGCGGAAGCUUGAAGCCGAUCAGUACAUCAUAAACAGGAAGGCGGAGAACCUCAUCGCGGAAAUCCAAGAGGAAACCGUGACCAUGCUGAUGGGGAAGAUGAUGGUUCUGAUUGAGGGCCGUCGGGUAGCGGAGGACGAUGAGCAUACGGAGUACGAUACAUCCGACUCCGAAGAAUCUGUCAAGCCGUUCCUGUUCCGAGAUGGCGAGGCGCCCGCUAGACAGGUGGAGCGUGGAUUCGCCGCCGAGACAGUUCGAGACCCGGAGGGAACGGCUGAUUGGUUGGCGGCAAAGGAGGGCUGGGAGGAGUUUGUCCAGCGCGCACGCAUGGCAAAGCCCACCGAUGACGAGGAUCUGCACGUCUGCGUCACGGGGGCCUUCGAAAGCCUCCUCGAAGCGGCACACCAUAUCCAGGAUCAAAAGUCUGCCGGCAAGUUCGUCAGCUACGAUGGUGCUUCCGAUGCCCCCCCCGCCCUCACGGGCUCUCUCCAUCCUGGCCGACGCCGCCCUGGAGCCCGGGCCCUCCCCCCUUCCCAUGAUGCGCACAGAUCCGAAUUCCCGCCACCGCGCGCUCCUCCCGCAACCCUCCCAUGCCCACAGUGGGGGCCUUCCACCAUUCAUCCUCCCUCGGCCCACCCCGACCCAGCAGCCGCGACGUCUUCUUCCCGCGCACCAGCAGCUGGGUAUGGGAAUGGGGCUGCCGGACCCCUUCGCGAUGAACGGUCCCCCGCAGCUGCCCCCGCCCCCGGGAUCGAACUUUGCCCCCUUCCAUGCCUACACGAGGGGCCUUCCACCGUUCAUUCUCCCGCGGCCCACCCCGACCCUCCAGUCGCGCGGCAUCUUCGCGCACCAGCAGAUGGGUUUGGGAAUAGGGCUGCCAGACCUUCCACGUUGAACGGUCCCCCGCAGCUGCCUCCGCCCGGGCUCGGACUUCAGGGCCAUGUGCCCUCGGUCUAUUUUCCGUCUCCGCCGCUGCCUCCACGAGGCUCCCACCCCGCGGCGCCGUCGCUCCGGUAUAUUACUGGCCGGCGUUUGUUUUAA